UUUUUCUUUCCCUCUCCCCGAAAUUUUUUUACCGCCGCAUUCCUCCCCCUUUACCUUCUCGAAGAUCCCUAAGCAUUUCUGCCCCCUUCCGCCUAGCCAACUGUUCCCCUGACCUCGACCUCCCUACCACCGACCUCCGCGCCGUCUCCACUCAUCGCUCACCAUCUUUCUUCCACUGUCCCGUCUCUGCCCCAGGCACCUCCCGGCUUCCCUAGCCUCCUCCCUCCACUCCUUCUCCUGUGACACCUCCCUCCGCUACCUCACUGGUGUGUGGCUCUUCCACCUCCAGAACCUCACCAACCUCUCCAUUGUCGGCGUCCCCAUCUCCACCAGCAACCCCACCGCCGUCCUCUCCCAGAUGCGACACCUCCGCCCGGCAAAAUCAAGCUUUUUAGCCGUCGUCAUCUCCACACUAUUUUUUUUAAUUUUUUUUGCCGAUCUGAUGCAGUUUUUGCCAUGAAACGGGGGAAAUCGAAGACAGAUACGUCCAAGAAGUCAGAACAAGUGAUUGCUCAUUCAUGCUGGGAUUUGAUAAUCUUAGAAGCCAAAGUGUUGCUCCUCCUCAGUGGACAAUGAGAAACAAAGGUGACAGGAACCGCAUACUUCUACGCAUUUUAAACAUGAGCAAGGAGAUAUUGGGACGUCUUCCAAAAGUUGUUGGGAUAGACAUAGUGGAGAUGGCUCUCUGGGCAAAGGAAAAUAAUACUACAGUAAGCAGUCAAGUUAUUACUCAUGGUGGGCAAGACACAUCUGGUUUGAUUCAAGGUCACUCACAAGUUACUGUCGAAAGAGAUCUUGUUUCACAAGCUGAAGAAGAGGACAUGGAGGCUCUCCUUGGCAUGUAUGUUAUGGGAAUUGGUGAAGCAGAAGCAUUUUCAGAAAGGUUAAAGAGGGAACUUCUGGCUUUAGAAGCAGCAAAUGUUCAUGCACUUGUUGAAUGUGAAUCCAUAAUAGAGGAGGAUAAAGCUCCUUAUGUUGCUAAAGCAGCUAAAUUGAAGACGGAGUACACCAAGAAAUUAGCUAUGUACAAUAAGAAUCAGACAUUGAGUAUUGUCCUGGAAUUCUGGAAAUCCUUCUCUCAUGUCUAGACAUUAGAGCUAUGUGAAAUUUUUAUUCUCUGGUUACAGUUUAUACCGUACUUACUACAAUUCUCUUUUUUUUCUUAUAUUUUAUAUUUUUCUUUGCGUGCAGAGGAGGUGAGUUUGUAUUGGGGAUAUUUCUCUUUAUGUUAACUAGUGUGCUCUAUAUCUUAGUUGUCAUUCAAGCUUAGCAACUCCUAUUUAAUUGUACCCCAGCUUCUUUCUGAAUUUGUCUGAGCUAUUUACUUGUGAAAA